UUUUUGGAAGACGCGCACAGAUUUUAUAAUAAAUACAGCACUAUAACUAAUUAAUAAAAUAAUAACUAACAAAUAAUAUUUUAGAUUUCGGUAUGAGUUUUACUGACGAUUCUUCAGAUUUGGAUUGGAAAGAGUCAAAAAUGAAAACAAGCAAGUCCAUAAAACAGGAACAUCAAAGUAAACCAAAAUACGCACAAAAGUUUUGCCAGAAAUGGCUGAAUAUCUUCAAUCCGUGGCUUACACGUUGCGAAGAUGAUCCCAAUAAACCGUUUUGCCGAGCAUGUCAAUGUCGCUUAGACUGCAACCGCUGCCACCUACAACGUCACGAGCGAACUACAAAACAUAUACGCAACUUGGAAAUUCUCGUAAGCAAAGGAGAAGGUGCUGCACGACAGAAUCUAAGCAUUCGACAGGAACGUAGCAAGUACUAUCAACAACGCAAGAAGUUUAAUUCGUCUCUUGCAUCUUCCCAAGAUGCUUCCGAACUUGGCGCUGACACAACUGACGAAUUUAUUGAGGAAGCGGAACCUGAAGCCGAAACAGCGUUUCAAUUUGUUCAAGCGGAAUCUGCGCCAGGCGACCAAUAUACAGAAGAAACCGUUUUGAAACAGGAAAUUACAUCUGCUGAUGGUCAAACUGAUCCCCUACCAGCGAAUGCAGCAUUAAAACAAGAGAAAUUACGUGGAAGCCCGAAAAAGGCCGGUGUUAAAAAGGAACGAAUGAAACUGCUCAUGCAAAUACAAAAAGAUAAGAACGAUCUCAUGGAUUCAUUUCGAGAACUUAUGGGAGCACCGGGACAACAAUCUCCGAAAAAAGAAAAAAAUCACGUUGAUUUAUUUUUUGAAAGCGUUAGUUCCAGUGUUAAAGCGUUAUCUCCGAAACUGAUAGCCGAAACUAAAAUGCGUGUAUCACAAUUGAUCUGUGAGUUGGAAUUACGUGCACUCACCGAAAAUGAGGCCAAUACCUCUGCAAUUGGUGGAGCGACUGCUACUGCUGUUGUUGUGUCAUCCGAUCCGGGAGCCGUCGCUAAUGCAUACGUUAUAAAUCAACCAGUAACGACAAUGGUACAUGGAACUACAGCACAUCAUACGACGGAGAAUAGUGGGCAUCAUUACGAAGCUCUAAGUUGAAAAUAAUAGAUGCCUAAGAAAUAUUUUACUUUUUGUUUAUAUGCGUAGGUUACUAAAAAACAAAAACAGCCUAUAUAUUUCUCUAUUAAGUUGUGAGUAGGAUUUAGUGAAAAAUACUUCGCUCAUAUAACUUUACGAAAAAUGCGUAACGCAAAAUAUAUUAUUUUCAAAAACUAAUUGAAUAUGCGUAUAAUAAAACUGUACAUACAUACACAUGUUGAACUUUCUCAUUUUCUGCAUGAAAAAAAAAUUUUAAAAGCUCCAUUCAUAACAAGUCAAACUACAUGAUAAAGAAAUUGUAUAUCUCUACACUAAAUGAAAAGAACCAAGUUAAUAAAAAAAAACCAAGUUUUAGUGCAAUCUUUUAUUCAAAUAAA